AUAACUAUUCCUAUACAUAUAUAGCGAAUAAUUUCAGACGUGUAUAAUGAUAGUACAGAUAACCAAAUAUUAAGAUUAUUGAACAUUUGUUGUUAUCAGAAGUAGUAACAUUAUCAAGCAAUAUCAAGGAUUAUUGAUUACAUUGAGAGAAAUAUAUAUUUACAAAUUUGAUUGAAAUUACUUAAUAUGAAAUUUAAAGACAAUUCGGAAUUUGCAACUGAAGAAGACUAUGAUUUUAAAGCUUUAAAUUAUACACGAAGUUGGAUAAUUGCAGGUUUUAUAAUUUUGGCAGUGGCCAUUGCUUUGGCUGCUGCUUCCGUCGCUCUACCAACAUUUGUUAUGAUCGCUCCAUCAGUGUUUGAUGCAUCCAAUGCCAAUGUAAACAAAGCUAGAAGUAUGGGUUAUACACAAGUGUGCUUUACAUCAGAUAGCACAUGCCAGAACCGUGAUCGAAGUUAUGUAGAUGAAUAUUCAACAUUAAUGACAAAUCUACGUCUUGCUGAACUGGCUAUGCAUUCAAUAGCAAUAAUUAUCAUGUGUAUUUGUUUUAUUGCUGCUCUUGCAUUGAUCAUUGUUUGGUAUAAAACGAAUAAAGAUAAUAAAUGUUUCAGAAAUUGGCGAUUAAUUAUAGGGAUAUUUCUUAUGUUAGCUGGAUUUUGUCUUCAAAGUUCAAUAAUAAUGUUUCAUGUUGAACAAUUUGAAGAUAAAUACGGUAAAUCAUCUGGAUACCCAUAUGGAUUUAAUCAAUGGUCUGACAAACAACGUACAACAACAUCUAUUGAUUAUGGUUCUGGAUACAUUUUAUUAUGGCUUGCUACCAUUUUCUGUUUUAUAUCAGCUUGGAUAUUUCUUGGCACAUAUUGUUGUUGGACAUUAGAUGAUAUCGACACAGAUGAUGAUAACCCAACUUUACCAAGAUUUUCAACUGAUUCCAGCAAUAUGAGCAAACGUGGAACUGAACCAUCAGUUAUCACUCAAGAAGACUGAUUGAUACUUGACCAGAGGUGAAGAUGGAAAAGUAGUUAAAAAUGAUGUCCUACCAAUUGUAUACGUACUAACAAUUAUAAUAAUCAUUUGUUAAAAUAAUAUGUAACUAUUUGAUGUGAUAUAAUUAACCAUAAAUUUUUUUUUCAGUUUAUAAAUAUAUCAAUAAUAAUGCAACCUAUAUCAGUUAAUAAUGCCCUGUUAUAGCUUUUUUCACUAUUCUGAUUAAGAAUAAGCCUUUAGAUAAAAUUAAGUACAAAUAAAUCUAUUUCAGACA